CUGGUUCAGCUGGGAAGGGAAGAAGGGCGAAAGGGAGCGCGGCCCGCGGCGCUGGAGCUCUGCCGUUGCCCUGCCCCGCCGUGCAGCCGCUCGGGCUCGGGCAGUGCCCCGGGUUGUGGCGGGGAGGUCAAGGAGACAGCAAACACAGCGUUGUUCCGGGUAGAUAUCAGGAAAAAAAACCUCAGAACGACGUCGCGCCCGCGCAGGCCCUGGGGAGAGGUCCUGCCGGGCUGUGGCACGGUGUUAGUGGAACAGCCCUGCGUGUUCCCUGUGUUCUGUAGCGCUGGGAAACCUUUCCUUCCUGCUCUGUUCAGCCUCCUUGUUUGUUAGUAUGGCCUGAUAUUCUGCUGUAGCAGAGUAACUGUUUGUAUUCCACUGUUCAUCUGAAACUACAAACGCUGGAAGUACAGAUGGUGCAGGCUAUGAUUCCAAAGGCAUUGAAACCCAUGAAAUUCUACUUCUCUACUGUGUAUCAAGAAAUAUGGGUUGGUGUAGCAUUAACAGCUUAUGCCUACUACAAGAUUUCCUAUGGGGGCAAAAAGUCAUCAGGAAGUAAGUCCUCUGGUUCUGGCCAUCAUUAAAGAUCUCUUCUCUUCUUGGAAUAUGAAUUUGGUGGUUCAUCAUUUCUGCUGCAAAUGAAGGGAGUUACAACCAUAGGGAAAUGGUUGUAGGACUAGAACUGUACCUGAUCCAUCUGCUGUAAUUGGAAAAAGAAUAAAUCCAUUGAGCAAAAAGUAAUUAAAGAUGUUGGACAAUAAA